AUGAGAUUAGAUCUCGCAGUCGCCGCGCUGACGCUGCUCGCGCCCGCGUGGGCCGCCGCCGUGGAACCCGGUCUCCACGGCUCCGACGUCGCAUUCCUCGCCCCCAAAUCCGAGCGCGACAACACCCAGCAGGACGAGAAGCUGUGGAAGCGCAAGGGCGGUGGUGGCGGCGGCGGCGGUCGCGGCGGAGGCUCUUCUUCAGGUGGGUCCCGGUCGGGAGGUGGCAGUCGCUCCGGCGGCUCCAAAUCCGGUUCUGGUUCUUCAGGAUCAAGCUCAUCAAAAGGCGGUUCAUCAGGUGGCUCAAAAAGUGGUGGUAGCAGCAGUGGUGGUUCCAGGUACAGACCCCCGUCUUCUUCCCCUUCUUCGUCAACCGGACGGUGGAGGUGGCCGUUCUCGGGCAGAAGCAGAAGCAGCAGACAGCAGACUAACACGAAAUCAAGCACAUCGAGAGGCGGUUCUCGCGAUAGCUCUGGGGGAUCGACAAGGACGGGAAGUGGACCGGUCCCAGCAUACGGCGGUGGCAGAUACUAUGGCGGCGGCGCGACGGUGCCCUACUCGGCCGGCGCAAGGAGGGGCAACAUGGUGCCAUUCCUGCUCGUCGGUGGUGCCCUGGCCUUCUGGCCUGGUCUUUGGCUCGGCGCGCACAUGUAUCCCUACAGCCACCCGUACCGGUACUACAACGAGACAGCCCGCCAGAACCAGACGAAGCCGGUGCUGUGCGGUUGCCAAGAGUAUCAGCCCUGCGGUUGCGACGAGAACAACAGCACCGAGUACAUGAACUCGCUCCUCGGCAACGGCAGCUAUGCCGCGCUGAACAAGUCCGUGGUCAACAUUGGCGAGUACAACGGCAACGAGACAAUCCUCAUCAACGGCUCCCUGCCCAACGGCACAACCGCUGCCGGCGGUUCCGACGAGGUCGGCUCCGCUGCCUUCCGCACCGCUGUGGAGACACUCGGCUUCUGGCCCGUUGUUGUGGUUGUUCUCGCUACCGUCUUCGCGGCAUAA